CAGCACAGCUGCAAUUGCCACCACGAUGACCGAUGUUGAAGGCCCGAUCAAGCUCGCGGAGCUGCUGCGGCACCCAGAGGACCUGGACAAGAUUCCUGCGCUCAAGGCCGAAUUCACGCGCAAGAAGGCCACUGUCGACGAGCAACUGCGGCAUGGGCUCCGCGAGCAGCUCGAGGUGACCCAGGCCGGCAUGACGAGCAUCACCGAAGGCACGCGAACCGUCAACCAGAUCAAGGAGGAGAUGAUGAAGAUCGACAAGCUAUGUGCGGAGGCGCAGAACAUGAUCCGGGACUUCCCCCACAUCAACCUCGUCGCCCAGACGCACCGCAACUUUGAGCAGGUCGAGAAGAUGAAGCGCGAUAUCGAUACCUUUGAGGAUCGCCUGGCUAGCCUAGAGGCGCUGUUACAGGAGGACGACGCCGAUUUGGAGAACCAGCCCAACCUGCUUGAGAUCCACUACGGCCUCACACUACUGCGGGACAUACGGGACGAGGCGAUGGAGCAGAUCAAGAGCUCUGAGGAGGCCAGCACGGAGCUUAUCGAGAACUUGAGGCUCGAUAGUGGCUCAACGGUUCAAGAAUACUUUGCGAAGCUGGAUGAGGUGGUGGAUUGGUUCGACGACCACGUGGGCAAUGCUUGCAUGAAUCUGAUACCAUUGAUACAAUCGGGCAACGCGGGCAUGGUUGUCAGGCUUGCACUGAUCAUUGAAGAGGAGGAAAAGAAGGACAAGAAAGUCAAGGCGUUACAAGAUGCGCAGAGAGAGUUCAAGGGGCUGGCGGCUAGAUUCAAGAGCAUUGCAACUGGGCCCAAGGAGUUGAGAGGAUAUAAGGAAAAGUUCCUACAAGCUAUCAAGGCGACUGCAGAGUUGAGGAUAGCAGAAUCCAACGAGACUUUCUUAGGCGAACCCGACAAGCUAGACAAGAUCACUAGGUGGCAUUUCAACGACUUGAAUACAGUAAAGCUGGGCAUGGUCACCCUCAUGCCGAAAAAAUGGCGGAUAUUCAAGCAAUACACGGACAUCUACCACAAUCUUAUGCACGACUGGCUCAUCGAGCGUAUCGAUGAUCAAGAGCUGGCACCGUCACACAUGCUUGCCAUCAUCCAUUGGGUCGACAAGUACUACACGAAGAUGGCGAAGCUUGGAGUCCCGGAAGACCUUCUCACACCGCACCUCAUCGACAAUCGUGGUGCUGAGCUUGUUCGAGAAUAUCGACAACUCAUCAUCAAAGCUGUCGAGGAAUGGAUGGACCGCAUGGCGGUCACAGAUAAACAAAACUUCCUUUCCCGUAGCGAGGGGGCUCUGGAGACGGACGAGAAUGGAUGGUUCCGUACCAAGACGCUGGGCGACAUGUGGCGCAUGCUGCGAGAGCAACUAUCUGUUGCCGGCAACAGUGACCGUACAGAUGUCGCCGAAGGUGUUGUUGAAGCCAUGUUCCGCGCCCUCACAUCUCGCCAGAGAAUGUGGGAAUCACUCACCGAGGCCGAACUGGCGAAAUACUCUGGCCCCGCCGUCGACCAGGACGGCCUACAGCCACUUCAAGACUGGCUAAUAUCUAUCGCCAACGACCAAAUCGCCUGCAUUGACGAACGGGAUUCGGAUCCCGACACCAACGGCUCCUACGUCUCAAGUUUCCAACGCGACGUCACCUCUCUCGUCUCCCCAGCCUACGCCCCGAUCAUCGACGGCUCCAUCGAAUCACUGAAAAACGGCUACAUUGACCUCGGCGCCCACUGCAUCCACAUCUUCGCCUCCCUCAUCUUCCUCGUCGACUUCCGCUCCAUUCUCUCCGAAUUCUUCACCGGCGCCUGGUACUCCCAAAAGCGCAUCGGCCAGAUCGUCAACACCUUCCAAGACUACCUCUCCGACUACGAAUCCGUCCUGCAUCCCUCACUCCGCGAUAUUCUUGUCGAAGAACUCGCAGAUGAACUUCUUGUGCACUACCUCUCAGCUGUCCGCAACAAGGGCGCUCGUUUCCGCCGUGCAGACCCCUUCACCGAGAAGAUCAAAGACGACGUCGUUACGGCGUUUGAGUUUUUCCAGGCGUACCCAUCCUUCCCAGAUAUCAAGCAGAAGUGGCGCGUGGUGGAUGGCUUUGUCAAGCUGAUCGAGGCAGACAAGACCCAGGUCGUUCACGUGUAUGCCGAAUUCAAGGAGCGCUACUGGGACGUGCAGAUUGGGUGGGUGGAGGCGGUGUUGCGUUCUAGAGACGAUUUUGAGAGGUCUAUGCUCAACCAAGUGAAGACUAAGGCAGCGGAGGUGUAUGUGGAGAGGGGCACGGAUACGAUUAUGGGGAAGGUCAAGUAGAUGCAUGCUCGUUCGGUGGUGGGAGUGAUAUUGGUAGGGGAUUUGGCUGGAAAGGUGUUGGCGCACUUAAACAUGGAUGCAUGGGUUGGUGUUUGGGGUUUGAUGAAUUGUAUGUACGAAUACCCGAGGCGGUGUGUUCUAUAGUGAUAUCUGUCUGUGCAUCUCUCUCUGCAUUAUGCGGGCUUCUUUCAAAGUAAAGUGGUAGUCUACGAACUUGUUCUCUAUACUUUAGAUACACACCUACUCCGGGGCUUGUGUACACUUGCGUAGCAGCCUUUGGGGGCUCCUGGGAUGUUGAUGAGAAUUGGAAAACUACAGUUUUGACAAGCUCGGUAGCACUCGGGCCUACCUCCGAC